AGAAUAGGAUUAUAUCUUAGUGGAAGAGAACUCACAACCUGUUGCCUUUCUAGUCAUUGAUGAAGACUCAAGCAACGAUUCAGAGAUGGCACUCGUAAGAGAACUAGAAGAGUCGUAUUCUCUAUCGUUCAUCUUAUUUCCUGUUUUGGCUCCUUCCUACAAUGAGAAAUUUCUGCGUUUCCAAGACAAGUUCGAAGAUAUAGGCUACGUAUCAAUAUUACCCGUUUUUGGUGAUUAUACUAUAGUAGUCCUUGCCAUCGUGGAAAUAUUAGAUAUUGUCGAUGCAAUAAGAGCCUCAUCCUAUUCCACGGAGUAACUUUUGUAAAACUGAAUCUGCUUGUUCGAUGCUCCAAAUCACUAACGAAAAGACCUCU